UCUCUCUCUCGUAUUUACGGAGACAGAGAUUUCGACAGACAUUCAAAUCGAGAGAAACUCGUCGGAGGCGAAGGCACUCCAACAACUCUUUUCUCUUCCAGAGUCGACCAUAUCAAUUAUCAUGAUAGCUGAGAAUUUGGACCAACUGCGGCGCUAGCGUCGAAUCUUCCUUCUUGCCUCUUAAUUAAGUUUUCAACUUGGUUCUUUUAUUAUAAGGCUUAUGUUAUCGAGCCAGCCCCUUUAGUAGUCACCACGGAAGGUUGAGAGUGACCCCGCAGAGACUUCUCUAAGUUGCUGCUCCGGCCGGAAACAAUGGGCGCAGGUGGCCGCAUGCCCGUUUCUCCUGGGACGAAGAACUUGGAACGGAAUGUCAUAUCGCGAGUUCCCCACUCAAAGCCUCCAUUCACCCUCGGCGAUGUGAAGAAGGCCAUCCCACCCCAUUGUUUCAAGCGCUCCGUAAUCCGCUCCUUCUCCUACGUUCUCUACGACCUCGCCAUAGCCUCCCUCUUCUUCUACCUGGCCACCACCUACAUCUCCAUCCUUCCUCGCCCCCUCUCCUACCUCGCGUGGCCCCUCUACUGGAUAUGUCAGGGCUGCAUCCUCACCGGUGUCUGGGUCGUGGCCCACGAAUGCGGCCACCACGCCUUCAGCGACUACCAAUGGCUCGACGACACCGUCGGCCUCAUCCUCCACUCCGUCCUCCUUGUCCCUUACUUCUCCUGGAAAUACAGCCACCGCCGCCACCACUCCAACACCGGUUCCCUCGAGCGCGAUGAGGUGUUCGUUCCAAAGCUCAAGUCUGGAAUGGGGUGGCACGCCAAAUACCUCAAUAACCCGCCCGGCAGGCUUCUCACAGUCUUCAUCACGCUUACCCUUGGAUGGCCAUUGUACCUCCUGUUCAACGUCUCCGGCCGUCACUACGACCGGUUUGCAUGCCACUUUGAUCCGUACGGCCCCAUUUACUCCGACCGCGAGCGACUACAGAUCUACAUUUCAGAUGCCGGCGUUCUCGCCGUUUUCUGUGGCCUUUGCCGUCUGGCUGCAGUCAAAGGACUAACUUGGGUGGUGUGUUUAUAUGGCGGUCCGUUGAUGGUGGUGAACGGGUUUCUUGUGUUGAUCACCUGGCUGCAGCACACCCACCCGGCAUUGCCACACUACGAUUCCUUGGAAUGGGACUGGUUCAGAGGAGCUCUAUCGACAGUCGACAGGAGCUACGGAAUUCUGGACAAGGUGUUCCAUAACAUUACGGAUACUCAUGUGGCUCACCAUUUGUUCUCAACAAUGCCGCAUUACCAUGCGACGGAAGCAACAAAGGCGAUCAGGCCGAUUCUGGGAGAAUACUACCAGUUCGACAGGACGCCCGUUGUGAAGGCGAUAUGGAGGGAGGCAAGGGAGUGCAUUUACGUUGAGGCAGAUGAAAGCGAGCCUGGUAAAAGGGUGGGUGUGUUCUGGUACAAAAACAAGCUGUGAAAGCCGAAAUUGCAUGGCGAAUACAGGUGGUGGUCUAAGGACUUAGUUCUCUCCUUAUUGAGUGAUAAAUUUAAUUAGACUUCGCAUGUAUUGUUUCGAAUUGGACUUACAUUAUGUUUAGGUACAUUAGCCGGGUUGAGCUAAUUUCAUGCAGCCCGGCUGUAUAAGCUGAAUCGCCCGAGGGAAAGCUGGUUUCUUUCAGUGAAGACCGUAAACCAACUGGAAAUUAAUCAUCCCUGGUUUAGAUGUUGAAGCCUAGUGGUAACUUGUUAGUCUGAAUUUGAAGAUCGAAAACCCAUGCAAGUAAAUUGAUGGUGCCUUAAUGAAGAAGUUUAUGAGUUGGGGUUUGCUGGGAUU